CUUUGAAAUUUAAGGUCAUCUCGGCCUGAAGGUCAUGCUACCCUUCAUCUUGCUGUUUCGUUCUAGACACCAACCAGUUUGUUGCCUUGUCAAUUUGACCACUUCAACCUUUCUGCAAGAUUGGAUUCGGAAACAAACUCCGAGAAAACCCACCCGUUUCGAGCUACACAAAGCUUAUACUGUCCUUGAUAAUGAAUUUUUGGAUAUAAAUCAACCGAAGCCCUUUUCCUUGCCACAGAAUAAUACGUUACUGCAUCAGAGUAUCUAUGAUUCAGUUAAUUCUUCCAUAUCCGAAAACCGUUCCCAGUACUUUGCUGUCGUGGCUAUUGCAGGGAAACAGUUCAAAGUAACUAAUAACGAUUUAAUUAUGAUCAAAACACCGUUCUAUGGAACUGACGUUGGUGAUCGUGUUCAAUUACAGAAGGUCCUACUUUUAGGAUCAUCAGACUUUACUAUUAUCGGUCGACCAAUUUUACCAGUGCAUCAGGUGUAUGUUGAGGCUGUAGUGAUUGAAAAGACUCUUGAACACCCUAAAGUUUGGUACCAGUUCCAUCGUCGUCGUAGACACCACAAACUGCGAGAUCUAUAAAUAUUGAAAAAUUGUAUGAAAAUAUUCUCAAGAACCAUUAUUGCUUCCAGCAGAGUUUUCUCCAUAAGAGUCACAGUUCCUCGCCAAAUAUUUUAUGAAAUUCUGUGGUUAUUGGUAACAUGCAAGGUUCAAAUUGUUGCUUCAUGGUUUCUCAUUUGUUUCUUUUCCAAGGAGCAGAAAUAAGCUAAAUGGUCGGUGCUUAUUAUUGAUUUAUCAAUAUGAUCAUGGAGCUGAACUAUGCAAUCAGCAAUCACAAAGUACUGUGCAUAAUAUAAGUAUGUAGGAAGCAUUCUAGCAUGCUUCCUAGGCUGAAACCUACAAAUAUACGUUUUGUAUCGCCAUAACUGUGCUAAUGACAGCUAUUUUGUGCUUCCAUUCUUAUUCUUACACUUUGAUUGUAACUUAGCGCGAAUUCGGUUACGUUCUGUAACCAAGCUUGUAUCCUGGCACGAUCUCGGUAUCCUUUCGAUACCACGAGAUCGCCAGCAAAUAAACAUCGACUUGGUCCAUUAACUGCCUUCUGGUAUUUGGCUUCUCGGGGAUUUUAUGGGUUUCUUUGGUUACGUUCAACCUUCGCCUUCUGAUUUAUUUGGCGCGUGUUUCUUGGUAGCGGUGUUCAUAGUUAAUCUCGACGCCACGCUACAGACCAAUUGGUUCAUGCUUUCCAAGCUGAAUUUUUACCUCGUUGAUUAUUCGCUUAUUAAUCCUGACUGCUUUUAUAUGGUCAUGUGUGUGUUGAUUGUUGACCCAUUCCGCUUACACGACAGUCAAACUCGUUAAUAUUAGCAAUGCCGGCAUGCCUUACAAUGUCCCAAUGACAAUGGCCCGCGGGAACACUGAAAAGCAACCACCAGUAUGAAUGAAAUCGGUUAACCAGCAAACCAAUUUUUGCAUGAACAG